GAGGGAAACAAGCAGGAACUGGACAAGGGUGAGGUGUUUCCUCUGCUACUCACAAAGAUGACAGCUCUCAAAUUCUGCAGUACAUGUCUUACCCUUGUCCAUAAAUUUAGAAUAUAAACUAACCAGGUAGACCAGGCUGGACUGGAACUCCAAACUAUGUCUCUUGAGUGCUAAGAUUAAAGGUUCACAAGCUGACUAUUCACUGUUCUUCAAAGAGAAGAUCAAAGAAGAGAAACAGCAAGAAAUGGCUGAUUCUUCAGUCAACACGUCCCAGUGUCUGUUGACAUUCCGGGAUGUGGCUGUGGACUUCUCCCAAGAGGAGUGGGAAUGUCUGGCCUCUCCUCAGAGGGCUUUGUACAUUGAUGUGAUGUUGGAGAAUUACAGCAACCUGGUCUCUGUUGAGAACUACUGCAUAUGUGAUACUGUCUGUCAACCUGUGAAGACUGAAAGGGAGUCCUGUCAGUGUAAUGAGCUUGGUAAAAUGCUUCAUGAUCCCUCUCAUGGUGGACUUUACAAAAGAAGUGACACCACAGAAACCUCUAAUAACUACAGAUGCUGUAAGGACAGGGAUGUCUCUGUUGACUCAUCAAACCCAGAUCAACAUAAAAGCACGCACACUGGGGAAGAACCUUGCACAUCUGAAGACUGUGAGAAGUCUUUCGAUUUGUGUUCCAACAUUACUCAAGAUCAGACAUUCUACACUGAAGAGAAAGAGCACAGACAGGAAAAACAUGAUGACCAUUUCAGCUCUACAUACAGUCUCAUGCAACAGUCAAUCUACAUUGGAGCAAAUGCAGGCCAGUGUGUAAAAUAUGGGAAAUGUUUCAGUAUUGCUUCAAGCCUCAGUAUACAGCAGAGAAUUGAUACUGGAAACAAACCCUACAAGUGCAAUAUUUGUGACAAAUCUUUUACUCAGUGCUCAAGUCUUAAAACACAUCGUAAAACACAUCAAAGACUUCGUGCUGGGACAAAACCUUACAAAUGCAGUGACUGUGAAAAGUCUUUCUCUUAUUUAUCUGCACUUAAAAGUCAUCAGAAAAGGCAUACUGGAGAGAAGAGGUACAAGUGUAAGGAAUGUGACAAAUCCUAUGCCUACCGUACUGGUUUGAAGAGACAUCAGAAAAUCCAUACUGCAAAGGAACGUUAUAGUUGUCAACACUGUGGCAAGGUCUUUCAUCAGCUCUCACACUUCAAAAGCCAUUUCACAGUCCAUUCUGCAGAGAAGCCUUACAAAUGCAAUGAGUGCCACAGAUCCUUUCCCCAUUAUGUAUUCUUCAGAAGGCAUAAGAAAAAUCAUUCUCUACAGAAAUCUCACAAAUGCAAAGAAUGUGGUAAGUCCUUUUUUAUAUUGUCACAUCUUAAAACUCAUUACAGAAUCCAUACUGGUGAGAAGCCUUACAAAUGUACAGAAUGUGACAAAUCCUUUACCCAGUACUCACAUCUUCGAAGACAUCAGAGAAUUUAUACUGGAAAGAAACUUUACAGAUGUGAGGUAUGUGACAAAUGGUUUACUAUGUCCUCAAGUCUCAGCAGACAUCAGAAAAUUCACACUGAAGCAAAAACUUAUAAAUGCAAGGACUGUGACAUAUUCUUUACCCACUACUCAAGUCUUAGAAGACAUCAGAGGGUUCAUACUGGAGAAAAACAUACAUGUAAACAGUGUGGCAAAUCUUUUACUAGGGGCUCAACUCUUAGAGCACAUCAGAGAAUUCAUACUGGAGAGAAACCUUACAAAUGUAGUAAAUGUGACAAAUCCUUUAUCCAGGCCUCACAACUUAGAACACAUCAGAGAGUUCAUACUGGAGAGAGACCUUAUGUAUGUAAGGAAUGUGGCAAAUCACUUACUACAUGUGCAAUUCUUAGAGCACAUCAGAAAAUUCAUACUGGAGAGAAACCUUACAAAUGUAUGGAAUGUGGCAAAUCCUAUAUUCAGUACUCACAUCUUAAAAGACAUCAGAAAGUUCAUACUGGAGAGAAACAUACAAUUGUAAAUAAUGUGACAUAGCAUUCAUCUAUUAUUCUCUCUCUGUUCAAAUCCUAACAUUAUACAUAAUAGAAAUGUAAGCAUGAGAAACAUGGGAAAGGCUUUAAAGUCUUAGAAUGUUUCACAAAGUUUGUCAAAAUAAAAAUUUCCAAAUGUAA